CGAGCUGCACACAUAGAUCUGCUUUAACUUGCAACAUGGUUUUGAUUUGGACUCAGUUUGGUUUGAAACACAAAAACCUUAAGUGUCAGGUUCGGGUUAUACACAGAAAUGACAGCUGGAUAUUGGGGCAAGCGCGGGUGGUCCCGGAAGUGCACUGUCUGUCCAUCACGGCCAUGGGGAAGGAUUACUAUAAGAUCCUGGGGAUCCAGUCGGGCUCCAACGAGGAUGAAAUCAAGAAGGCAUACAGGAAGAUGGCCCUCAAGUUCCACCCCGACAAAAACAAGGAUGCCAACGCGGAGGAGAAGUUUAAGGAGAUCGCCGAGGCCUACGAGGUCCUCAGCGACCCAAAGAAGAGGGUGAUCUACGACCAGUACGGCGAAGAGGGUCUGAAAACGGGCGGCGGCGGAUCGACCGGAGGGCAGGGGAACACCUACCACUACACCUUCCACGGGGACCCCCACGCCACCUUCGCCUCCUUCUUCGGGGGCUCCAACCCCUUCGACAUCUUCUUCGGCCACAGCCGAUCCCGAGGGACCUCCAAUGGCUUCGGAGAGCACGGAGACCACGACAUGGACAUCGACCUCGACGGCGAUGAUGAUCCGUUCAGCCCCUUUGCCCGAUUCGGGUUCAACGGCAUCAACGGGUUCCACCACGGCGGCGGGGGCCGCAGGCUGCACCAGGAGCCCCUGCGGGGCCGACGGAAGCUCCAGGACCCCCCCGUGGUCCACGAACUCCGUGUCUCCCUGGAGGAGGUGUUCCACGGCUGCACCAAGCGCAUGAAGAUCACUCGCCGACGCGUCAAUCCCGACGGGCGGAGCCUUCGCACCGAGGACAAGAUCCUCAACAUCGUCAUCAAGCGGGGCUGGAAGGAGGGCACCAAGAUCACCUUCCCCAAAGAGGGCGACGAGACGCCUGAGAACAUCCCAGCAGACAUCGCCUUCGUCCUCAAGGACAAGGGACACCCCCACUUCAAACGGGACGGAGCCAACAUCAUCUACACCGCUAGGAUCAGUCUUAAAGAGGCGCUUUGUGGCUGCACAGUGAACAUUCCCACCAUGGACAACCGCAUCAUCCCCCUGCCCUGCGGAGAGGUCAUCAAACCGGGAACAGUCAAGAGACUGAGGGGGGAGGGGCUCCCCUUCCCAAAGAGCCCCUCCCAGCGCGGGGACUUGAUAGUGGAGUUCCAGGUGCGCUUUCCCGACAGGAUACCGCCACAGUCCCGGGAAAUCAUCAAACAGCACCUCCCCGUGUCGUAGGACUGCAGUGGACUCAAGCCCUGGGAUCUCACUCUCUCUCUCCCUUCCACUCUCCUUCUUUUUUUAUCAUACUUAUUUUCUGGAUGCCAAUACUUUAAUCAGAACUUUAAACAUAAAGUGCCACAAGAGUUUGUUUUAUUAUCUUCUAUGUAAAGAAAACAUUUUUACGCACAUUUGGACAUGUGAGGACUGGUCUCUGUGGACAGAGU